GGACCCAGGCUGCGGGGCUGGAGCACAAAGCACCGUAUUGGCUGAAAUCGAAGGCUUUGGCACGGCGGAGAUCAACUUGGGUCUUAUCGUAACAUCUCAAUAAAAAUAAUAACGGUGAGAAGUAUAAGCAGUCAGAGGUAUACAUUAACAACCGCACGCGGACGGGCUGCACCCUGAGCCUUACUGACAGAGCCCUCUCUCCGGUGGGUACCUGGAGGAAUCUGAAUUGUGUACCAAAGAAAUGGUGAUGGAGAAGCCAAGUCCCCUGCUGGUCGGCCGGGAGUUCGUCCGGCAGUAUUACACACUGCUGAACAAGGCCCCGGACUUCCUGCACAGAUUCUACGGCAGACACUCCUCCUAUGUUCAUGGCGGUUUGGACACCAGCGGAAAACCGGCAGAGGCUGUUUAUGGACAAGCUGAGAUCCACAAGAAGGUGAUGUCUCUGCAGUUCAGCGAGUGCCACACCAAGAUCCGCCACGUGGAUGCCCACGCCACCCUGAGCGACAGCGUGGUCGUCCAGGUGAUGGGCGAGCUGUCCAGCGGCGGGCAGCCCAUGAGGAAGUUCAUGCAGACCUUCGUGCUCGCCCCCGAGGGCUCCGUAGCGAACAAAUUCUACGUGCACAACGACAUUUUCCGCUACGAAGAUGAAGUUUUCGGCGACUCGGAGGCAGAGCUUGAUGAGUCUGAGGAGGAGGUCGAGGACGAGCCGGAAGAGCAGCAGCCAUCCCCCGAGCCUCUCCCAGAUAGUUCCAGAAGCAGCACCUACUACGAGCAGCACCCAGCAGCCAAUGGUGUGGAAGAGUCCAUGGAGGAGGUGCCACCUGAGGCCGUGCCGGAACCCCAGCCGGAGCAGAAGCUGGAGGAGCUCAAGCCCGAGGCGGAAGAGAAGGUUCUGGAAGAUCUGGAGGAGAAGGGCCCGUCUCCGGUGCCUGUGGAGUCCCCGCCCCACGUACAGGAGCCCCCCAAGACCUUCUCCUGGGCCUCAGUGACCAGUAAAAACCUGCCGCCCAGCGGCACGGUCCCUUCCUCUGGAAUUCCCCCGCAUGUCGUUAAGGCCCCAUCAUCCCAGACUCGGCCGGACACCAAGCCGGAGCUGCAGGGCCAGGCCACCCGGGCCCGUGACCAGCGGCCCCGUGAGAGACAGGGCUUCAUUCCCCGAGGACCCCGGCCCGAUGGCGUGACAUCAUCAGAUUCACAGGUGGGGAAGCCCAGUUUCAGCUUCAUGAACAAAGGACGGGCCGAGUCGGAACCCUCUGAAAUGGACUCCCGCCGGGCCCUGCGUUACCCUGACAGCCACCAGCUCUUCGUUGGCAACCUACCGCAUGACAUAGAUGAGAGCGAGCUGAAGGAUUUCUUCAUGACCUUUGGGAACGUCGUGGAGCUGAGGAUCAACACUAAGGGCGUUGGGGGCAAGCUGCCAAAUUUUGGCUUCGUGGUCUUCGAUGAUUCUGAUCCUGUGCAGCGGAUCCUGGCUGCGAAGCCAGUCAUGUUCCGUGGGGAGGUGCGCCUGAACGUGGAGGAGAAGAAGACGAGGGCGGCACGUGAGAGGGAGACCCGUGGCGGGGGUGGGGCCGACAGCCGCCGCAACGAGCGGGGCCCGGGGGGGCCUCGUGGCAUCAUGGCAGGCGGAAUGAUGCGGGAUCGUGAUGGAAGGGGUGCCCCCGGCCGGGGUGCCCCGACCCCCAAACCGGGCCUCAGUUCGGGAAGAGGCGCUGCCCAGGGCAGCGAGAGCCGCUUCACUUCGCAGCGUCGCUGAGACAGCGCCCCCUGCAGUCCGGGAGUAGUAUCACAUCCAUCUUCACCUUAAAGUCCGCAUAUAUGAAAAAUCCUUUUUUUGGCUUUGGAUUGUCUCUCAGCCUGUCAGCCAUUUCUUUGACAUGCAAGACAAACGAGAAAACGAAAAAAAAAAAAAACCACCAGCCUCCUCGGUUUCCGGGCCUCGAGCUGAGCCUCUGUAAGCAUUAAGCUGUAUUCCGAGAUGCAGCACAGGUCUGUCAGGAGAGGCACUGCACUGGCAUGCAGCAGCACAGCCCAUCAUCUGGAAAAGAACGUAAACACUCGGGGUGGGGAGUCUGCACGCUUCAUGUAAACCCCGUUGGAGGUGCAGUGUGUGUGGCCUGGAACCUGCCUCUCUGCUUUCUGUCUGACGGUUGGACUAGAAACCGAUAGAUUUCAGGCACUCAUCAGUAUGCACAAGUGGGGUUUACGUCUGCUGGCUUCCUUGGGUGGAGCCAGGAGGCCACACCCACCGACUGCCCCUUAACUGCCAGGAGGCCACACCCACCGACUGCCCCUUAACUGCCAGGAGGCCACACCCACCGACUGCCCCUUAGCCAGCAGGAGGCCACACCCACCGACUGCCCCUUAGCCAGCAGGAGGCCACACCCACCGACUGCCCCUUAGCCAGCAGGAGGCCACACCCACCGACUGCCCCUUAGCCAGCAGGAGGCCACACCCACCGACUGCCCCUUAGCCGCCAGGAGGCCACACCCACCGACUGCCCCUUAGCCGCCAGGAGGCCACACCCACCGACUGCCCCUUAGCCGCCAGGAGGCCACACCCACCGACUGCCCCUUAGCCGCCAGGAGGCCACACCCACCGACUGCCCUUUAGCCAGCAGGAGGCCACACCCACCGACUGCCCUUUAGCCAGCAGGAGGCCACACCCACCGACUGCCCCUUAGCCAGCAGGAGGCCACACCCACUGACUUGCUGGGUAGGUGCUGCCAUUCUGGUCUUUGAGUGGCUGUAGCCUGAGUGGUGCGCGGCACUGACACUCUGGGGGCUCGUGCUUUGGGUUUAUUUUUUUGUUUUAAUUUCGUGGUUUCCAGGUACUGCCCAGGCACAGCGUGGGGGGGUGUGGUUAGCUCACCCACCAUGAGUAUGUAGAAACAUGCAGAAUCUCAGCUGGUGAACUAGUCAUGAUGAUGGUGCCUUGCCCAUGCUGCUGGUUUCGUCGCUGGGCCCUGGCUUUCCCCAGUACAGCGGCUUCAAAGAAGGGGGGGGUUUCUGGGUAUGCAGAAUGCCAUCCCGGGUCACCUGACCUAACAGUUCAGGGAAAUUUGCAGUGUGCAUUUUUUUAUUUAUUUUUUUUAAAUACGCAUUUUACUGGUCCGUUCAACAGAUGUUAGUGGAAUUUAGGAAUUUAACAAGAGGUGCCUGAAAUUCUGGUACACGUGAUUUGGUUCAGAGAUGCACAUUUUUUUUAAACCGCAUCUUACUGAUGUGCAACUUUUAUCGAAGAUUGAAAGGAAAACAGCAGAUUCAGCGUUUGGGUUUGUCCCGUUUGGAUGGCCGGUGCUGCUCAGGAACACAGGUCCAAAGUGGGACAUUGACAGAAGACAUAACUGUACUGUAAAAGUAAAGCCUUUCAUUGCCUGUGACACAGAAGAAAUGGAUCGUAAAGGAGUGAAUGUAGGUAUCGGGACUCAUGGACUGCGAACAACUCAGUUCGUCGGGCUGUAAGACGGUGCUGUUUCCUCCCUUUGAUUCCGGAAGAUUGACGCCAGAUCUGACCCCUGCCUUCGCCCCCCCCCCUCACACACCUCCCUAAAGCACUUCUGGUUUUCAGCUGUUUUCUUACUGAACUUUGAAGUACUGAAAAUGACUUUGCACCCAUAUUACUGCCCUCAUAUCCAACGGAAGCGUCUUGGGAUGAGAUGUUUCUGGAAGCCUGUCUGAGGAUGUCACAGCUAUGCUGUUGGUGUCUGAGGUGAAGAUGCUCAUGUGUUUUAUAGCAGAAAAGAUUCAGCCGUCUUAAUUCUAAUUUGGUUAAAGAAAAAAUAAACCUGAAUGUGCCAGUAGGGUAAGAGAACCUUCCUUCCUGUUUGAAUUUUAAAUUUUGUCCUGACACGUUGCCAAAAGAUGUCCUGCGGCUGGACUGACCAGCUCUCUCGUUCUGGGUUGUAGGACACAUCUGAGCACCUGCAUUGAGUAUAUGCAGUAGUUGUUUAGAAAAAAGCUUGGUGUCCUUACUGGGAGGGGUGUGUCUUUCAUCUGAUCCCAUAAGCAGGCACAUGGAGCCUCUUCCCUGAUUGGCUGAGCUCACUCUGCGACCUGCUCGUCAAACACACAGACCUUGAUGACCUGGCGUGGGUGAUGUUCAGGGUUAUGACAGACUGAUGUGAGCUACAGGCUCUCUGGGCGGAACCGGAAGCUAGUGGUCCGGCCUGUUUGCAUCAGAGGAGGUUACAUGGCAUGUUCUAUCUUCUCCAUGUUUACAGUAGCACCCACUUUCCAUCUGUCCCUUCAGGAAGCCUAAAGCCGAGACUGUUAACCUUCCCUUGUUGAGAAGGUCCUUCUGUAAUAGGAAGGUGAUGGUGACUGGCGGAGCAGAGCCUGGUUUCGUGUUUCUCGUGUGGCUCUGGCUGACUGUGUCAGAGCUGCCGUUUCCCUUUUUAGUAUGUUGCAGGUGGAACGUUUGUAUUUUAGUUUUCCAUGAAUGUGUUGGACUGAUAAUAAACUACUGAAGCCAC